UGUAGACACACGUGUAUGUUGCUUUACAUCUGUCUGUCAGUCCUUCCCCCGACCUGUGUUUCCUCUUCUCCUCUGCUACUGUCCUGUCUCUAAUAUGGGGCUGUGGAUGCUGUUAUGCGCAAAUGGAUGAAUCAAUGUGUUUGUGAGAGUUUACAUAUUAACAACAUGACUAAAUGAAAGAGACAAGUAACCUCCAUGGGCUCCCCUACCUACACUCGUGAUCGAUGGAAAGUAUUAUGAGGCCCAUUUUGUAAAGCUAUACAUAAGUUAUUUUGAUAAGUAAGCAGCAGUGUUUGAGCUUGACCUCUACAUACUGUUUAUUCACUCGAAAAUGGCAGUUUGACCAAAAUAAUCUUACCCCAAGUCCUUUUCCUCAGUGGAUGGAGUUUGCUUGGUUGUUAUUACUUGACCUAAUUCUCCCACUUUAUCCAACACAUUAUGCCUGCCUGGGAGGAGAACUCACACAAAAAAAAUUAGUGUAACACAGAUAUCAGCAUCUUAUCAGUGGACCAUCGACUCAUCCCCCGACCUAAAGACCAGGAUGAAAUGAGAAGGGAAGAUCAAGACAAAGCUGCAUUUCGGAAAAAUGACAUGGAAGCCAGAACGAGACUGAGAGCUGACAUAAAGGAGGUGAAGCUGGAGGAAACUCAACACAAAGAUAGGUUGCAGGCAAUCCAGGAUAUCAGCGCCCCAAGGUUGUGUAAGUCAAUGUUGCCAGAUGAGCUCAAUAUGGUUUAUGAUCAUUUUGAUCUCCUCAAUAAAGAGUCAUCAAGGGACUAUAACUGCCUUCAGUUGCACAACCCUGUGUGGUACCAUUACUAUAAACUAUCCUCCUUUGCUGGUAGAGGUCAUAGGUCAUGGACUAGUAGAUGGCUGAAGAAUGAUCAGGGUGGACGUUCACAACAGAAACGUUGUACUUACCUAAUAAAAUAAAAACAAUUGAUCAAACUCCACCUGCUGAGGAAAACCUUUGUAAAUCCAACCUGAAGCUGUAAAAAACUAAAACGAGUGCCUGUUGUUUUGAAUAUUCUCUGCAUUUGGACUCUGCUGCCUCAGCAUACCCAGAGAAGGUUCUGGAGCUCUGAAUGACCCAGCCGUAGGGCCAGGAGCUCGAGACCCUGUGUGCUUGGGGGGCUGGUUGGGUGAUUUGCUUGCUGCUGUCUCCGCUGAAAUACUUCUGUCUGUACAGUCUGUGUGAUUUUCAUGUGUGUUGCUGUUACUGCUGCUUGGUUCAGGAGGACAUGUUAGACCUUCAGCUCCAGCGUAACCUGGAUUACUUAGACCAGCAGGUGCUCCAGGGAAGCCAUCUAAUUGGCACGGUUACUCGAAUGGUGAAGCGCUCGUCCUCAGCAGCAAAGCUCUGUGUACAAGUGCCGCCUUUCCAUGAUGUCUACAGCAGAGAGUUAUAUCCUACACUGAAGCUCAACGAGAUUGAAACCAGCAAACUCUUGGGUAGGCUGUGUGAGCAGAACCGAAUUCUGAAAGACCACGAGGCUGUUGUUCACAGGCUGAGAAUGGACAAGGAUAGCCUAGAGGAGGCGCUGGUUGGGACACAUCAGGAGAUGGAGCUGUAUCAUAACCCUCCUUUGGCCAUUGAAAAGCUGCAGUACAAAAAGGACACUUUGCAGAACCAACUGAUCAACAUCAGAGGGGAACUCUCUCAGGCCUCCAGUGCUUUAACCACCACUCGUAUGGAGUUUGAAGCAUUAGAGGAUGAGGCCAAUGCCAUUCAUGGAGAUCUUUGGGAGCAGCUGAACGCAGGAGGGCAGAGCGAGCUGGUUCGUCGGCACAUCCAGAAAGAGUUUUGGAGAGUCCAGGAUGUGUUAGAGGGACUGCACAAGAAUAACUCAUCCAGAGGCACUGACACAGCCAAGCACAGAGUGGCCAGCGGUGCUUCAGGCUCCUUUAGCACCAAUAGUCCAGCCAGUCCCCUGAGCUCAGUAAGCAUCACCAGCCCACUCAGCCCCUUCUCCCCAGUGCCCGGCUCCCAGGCUUCCCCCACCAAACAGCUGGGCCCGGAGGAAAGUGUUCCCCCAAGGCCUCCCCUCCCUAAGUCCUAUUACCCUUUGGAACCCUCCCCCACCUUCCCCCCCUCCAUCCCCGCCCUGCCCUUUGACAGCACCGCCUGGCUGCGCAGCUUGGGCGUCGACGAUGGUUAUCUUGAUGGUGAAGACUGUCACAGCAGAAAGCUCAUCAGUGACAUGCAGGACCAGGACAGACAAUCCACUUUGAAUAAAGUUGGCAUUGUGCCUCCUAGAACAAAGUCCCCGACCGCAGAGUCCCACAGCCGCUCUGCUGCAGUGAGCUGGAGAGUUCCCAAUGGAAUAUCGAGGGAGCGUCCAAAGAGCGCUGUGUUUCCUGCAGAGCUCAAAUCCAAAAUGAGUGUGGAGGAGCAGAAUGAGCGAAUCCGACGAAACCAAAGCAGCUCUAUGAGGGACAAGAGGAGGAGUCUGAUCCUCUCCGGAGGCCAGUCUCCAGCCAACUACAAAGUGAUUCGAAGGCGGCUGACCGCUCAUGAGAUUGACAUUAAUGACCUGGAGUUGGCAGUGCGAGGUCAGGGUCUGGAGUCUCCUCGGGAGGAAAUCGCUCGCCUGAGGCAGCCGUACCACCUGGACAUCAGCAGGGAGCUUCUGACUCCUGACAAGGUUCUGAUCCCGGAGCGCUACCUGGAUGUGGAGGACAGCCCCCCGCUGAGCCCCGAGGAGCAGAGGGAGAAGCAGAAGAAACUUGAGCGGAUCAAGACCCUCAUCGCUAAAUCCAAUCUGCAGAACAUGGUGCCCCUGCUGGACGGGCCGGUGGAGGGGGGGGCGGGGAGCUCCCAGCAGCAGCUGCAGGAGCAGGAGAAGCGCAUCGAGAUCUCCUGCGCCCUGGCUGCCGAGGCGUCGCGCCGCAGCCGCCUCCUCUCCGCACAGUGCGCCCCCAGUCCCCCCACCUCCACGACCAGCCUGGCCCACCCCCCUUCCUCUUCUGACUUCCCUAACUCCGCCCACACCAUGAAGGCGUGAGUAGUACAAGCUCAAGCCCUGGUGGCUGUCAAGUUUGAUGGAGCAUCUUUCUGAGGACUGCACAAACACAACAAUGAAGAUGGCCCCCGGACAAAUGACUUUUUUCUGUCACCUAAACUGAGCUACCACAAAAGCAGGGAACGCUGUCUAAGGAGGAAAGAGAGCUAAUGCAAAGCUGAGAGGAAGCUAUGUAGAACUGUGGAAGGCUCCAGAUCUCUCGCCAGCCUUGAGGUGUAAGAUAUUGCAAAAAUAAUUGUGCUCAGGACAUAUUUUACAAAGUAGAUAUUAAGGAUGACCAUGUUGGUAAUGAUAUAUUUUACACUCAUAAGGACAACAUGUCAGUACUACUGUUCAGUGUUGAUCAUUUUACAAGGGAAACUGCACAUGAGAGGCCCAAUGAGGAGGGACAAGGAAAGACCUGCAGAAAUAACCAAGUCCAGGUAGAGGCCAGCGACCGGGACUAACCCUAAUAGUAGAGGCUUUGAACCUGCUUCUGGACAAUGUUCAUUAUCUUCUAAUGUCCAUAUCAACCCGGGAGAAACACACCAGGUCUGGAGGCGCAGUGAGGAGUGGUACUAGUGACAGACUGAGGGCAUUCCCCUACACACGAUAUACGGACAUUUUGAGAACUGAGCAAAAUAAGAGUGAAUCCUCCCUUCUCUUGUAAGAAGCUGACAACUCACUGUGAUGCCUGUUUACCUAGACCUCCACCGACCCCCCAACACACACACACACACACACACACACACACACACACACACACACACACACACACACACACACACACACACACACACACACACACACACACACACACACACACACACACACACACACACACACACACACACACACACUCUAUAAACCUUCUCUGCUGUUAUAUAAGCUUAUGUGCAAACAUUAGCAUUACUUUAAACAAACAUUAUGGAAGCCCUUUACUCAUGUCCUGGUAGAAGUGUUCCUGAUCCCUGAUAUAUUCCAAGAUGAAUAGUUCUGUAAGGCAUCAGGUGAAGCAGAUGUGGUGUAGUCGGCACGCUUGCAUUCUGUUCAGAUCAGGCCGGACACAUGCGGUUGAUCAAAUGUUUGUCACACAGAAAGCAUGAUGUAGGCUGAACCCUUUUCUUCCAUGAAAGAGUCCACUCUCUGCUCACUGCCAUCGCUGCAGUGCCAUUGAUCCAGGUAGGCUGUUUGUAGGUCACAUUACAUUUAGUUGUACUCUUGCCAAGGAGGAACAUCAAAGUAGUGUGCACAGCAAGGCUGGGAAACAAUCACCUUGCUCUGUGCCCUAUGUAUCUGCUCUUUAGUGUGGAAGCCAGUCAGAUUGUAAAGAUGAAAUCCUUACCUUUGGUUGAUUUGUCUUCUGUGCAUGGUGGAGUUUACACAUCUACUGUUGUAUGUUUUCCCCAAUGUUGUGAGUCACAGAUUAUGAUAAAGAGCCUACCACCAGGUGGAUUACAUUCUUAGGUAUACUAUAUUCACUUUUACAAUAGUAUUUUCAAAACAUAAAACCGUCACAAUCUUCUCCCCUGGAUGUAGGCAACAUCUGACCCUCAAAGGAGAGACAGGACUUGCUCUAAGACAAGGUUUCAUAUGAGUCCAGAAGCCUUUUCCUCAUAUAACAUUUCAGGAUACCUUCAACCAUGGCACUUUGGUUUAUAACUUUAGUUUUGACAGAGAUGAUCCAACCUCUCAUCUACACACACAGAUGGUGGCCAUCUGGUUACACAAGGAAACAUGUGCACAGAUUCCAGCAGGAAAUGUGAUGAGAUCCUGGACUCUUGAACACUGACACAGCGGUGCUCCACACGGACCUCUACUCUGUAACCUGCUCGACAUGAACAUGGUAGUUCUGACCUGUGUUGGAACGAAAUAUUGGGAAGACUUUUGUGAUCAAAUUCAGUGGGCCUUCACGUAGUGCUCAAGAAAUUCCCAAACGCUUGUCUGCAGAUGUAUAGGUAAAGUAUGUUGCUUGUCAAUUGUACCGUGUAUGUGGAAAGUAAACAUAGAAGUGACCUUAGAAGAAUAACUGCUAGAAAGCACUUGUCUGUGUUGAGAGGAGUUAGCUGAUGAUGCAGUCAGAGGAUGAUAUGCUGGAAAACAAUGUCAUGUAACAUAUCCCAACAACAUGUCAUGCAGUGCCAUAAAUCUGAACAUGAUGAAUGGACAUGUUAUGGACAUGGAGGAAAUGCAAUGAUGUCUACACAGUGGCUUUAAUUGGAACCCCAAUAAUUAAUAAGGAAAUCACUCAUUUCGCUUGUUUUUCUUAACUAUUCAAGUACUUAUUGGAGUUCAUUCCAUUUAAUGUUAAAACACUUUUUUUACAAAUUCAACAAUUCCAUUCGCCAAUCAUGUUUUAAUGCCAUUUCCUUGUGUGCAUUUGAAACCACUGAUACAGCAGAUUAUUGACACGACAGGGUGGUACUGGUGACUACACUACAUGUGCUGGUAAUUUAUUUGUAUUAUCUUUCAGUGUGUCGCACAGAAAGGCCCAAACAUUUUCUAAAUGUCUUCACACACACACACACACACACACACACACACACACACACACACACACACACACACACACACACACACACACACACACACACACACACACACACACACACACACACACACACACACACACACCUCUCUUUUUAAUGUGUAUGUUAUUGAUGCUAUGUUUGCCCUCACACACUUCAAGGUUCAAGUAACCUGCCUUUGUAUAAAGCUGUUCUUAUUGAGACAAUAUGGCAAAGACAUUUAAAAAAUACUUUUACGCUGAAACCAUUAAAAGCACUACGCAAAUAAUGAAACACGGAUUUAAGAGAACACUUCUAUUUUUUCUUAUGUUUCUUUUAGAAAGGGAAUGCAUUCAAAAGAGGCAGAUCAUAUUUUUUUAGAUGCAUGGAUAUUCAAUGACAAGUUGACAGGUAACAUUUGUACACUAAAUUACGUUUUACAUUUUUCACAAAAAAGACUUUAUUUUAUUGCUCUGCAGGAAUGUUUUCAGGAGCAGAACAUAGAUAUUUUUUGAUAAAUUUGAAUCUGAUGUGUUAAGAAAUGACAGGUGGUGACCAAUAUUUGAUACUAGAUGUAGCAUUUGUGGAUUGAGAAGAAAAAUAAUAUAAACACGUACAUUACUUUAAUGUACUAUUUUUUAUUUCAGUUAAGCAUAUCCUACUUUGACAUAUAACCAUUGCUAUUUUGCUGGAAAAUAGACUCUGCUUGAACUAUGCAAAUUAUUUAAAAUGUAUAGACACAUAACCUGCUUGCUUCAGAAAAAAAAUGCAAUAAAGUGAAUGUAUCAAAAUAAUGUGUUUCUCUACAUGCUUCUGGAUUUAUCAAAGUAUUUUGGAGAAUAAAGUGCAAACUAAA